AAAAAAAAUAAAAAUUGGGCUCUGCGACAACUCCCCACUCCACCACCUCUGCUGCAGACCGUGUUGCCAGAUUUCUCUGGACGUACAGACCUCAAAACGCAUCACGCAGGUCUCAUGUUGCCGCUCCUCCCCACUUUCCGACGGGCUGUGGUACAGUCCCAGUUCUCUUCUAUGGAGCAGCUUUCUCUGGAUGCUGCUAGAACAUCCCCCCGUGGGUGUGGGAGGGGCAUCCGCACAAGUGGAAAGUGCGAUGUUUUGAGGUUACAUCAGUGCGUCAUCAGAGCCCGGUUUUCAGUCUCAUCAGACAGCAGGGCGCAUAAAAAGUCCAAGGCCCGAUCUCCCAGCUGUUAGUUCACUGUUUUGGCUUUGAGAGGUGCAUUAACAAGGAAGAAGACACCAGAUCCCCACUGACUGACUGACUGGUUGGCAAGGAAACCAAUACAAGCUGCUGACGGAGUAAAGACAGGCAUCAUGACACAGGGCAAGCUGUCACUUGCUAACAAGGGGAAUGAUUCCACAAGUGGAGAGGCCUUUGUGGCACCACCUCCCCCCACAUAUGAGGAAGCUAUUGCAGGUGUCAGUGCGCCUUGCUACAAUGAUGUGGAGAUGCUCACAGAGUUCACCUGGGAUGAUGUCAACAUCAGAAGAGUCUUCAUUCGUAAGGUGUACUCUAUCUUGAUGAUUCAACUUUUGGUCACUGUUGCAAUUGUGGCUCUUUUUACCUUCUGUGAUCCAGUGAAAGACUACAUUCAAACCAACCCUGGGUGGUACUGGGCCUCAUACGUGGUGUUCUUUGUCACCUACUUGACUCUGUCAUGCUGCUCUGCACCCAGGAGACAGUUUCCAUGGAAUCUGAUUCUGCUUGCCAUUUUUACUUUAUCCCUUUCUUACAUGACUGGAAUGUUGUCCAGCUUCUAUAACACCAAGUCAGUAGUGAUGUGCCUGGGCAUCACAGCCGCAGUCUGUCUUGUUGUUACAGUCUUCAGCUUCCAAACCAAGCUUGAUGUGACCUCUUGCCAAGGUAUACUGUUCAUCUUCUGUAUGGUGAUGUUCAUCUCUGGACUGGUGCUGGCGAUUGUCCUGCCUUUUCAGUAUGUACCCUGGUUGGAUGCCAUUUAUGCUGCCCUGGGAGCCAUUCUAUUUACAAUGUUCUUGGCAUUCGACACACAGCUGCUUAUGGGGAACAAGAGAUACACCAUGAGUCCAGAAGAAUAUGUGUUUGCCACCCUCAACAUUUACCUGGACAUCGUGUAUAUCUUCUCCUUCUUCCUCCAAAUCUUUGGAACAAAGCGAGAAUAAGCUUGGCCUUCAAACCUGCAGGGCCGCCCCACCAUAAAAAAAAAUUUAAGAUGUUGGCAACCACGGUGACUGUGUUUUCAGAAAACCUUUUUUUUCAGUUAUGAUACUUUAUAAAUCUUCUGUAUAGCUCCACAUAGACACAUUUUCAUAACUAUUUCCUCCCAAAGUUGUCUGAUACCCUCCAAUCCGAUUUCCAGCAUGCUUGUGAACCCAACCUGCAGGUUAACUUACUAGCUUUAUGAGCCAGAAACAGUGAUUUGUGAUGUCUCUACAUUCGAUGUUAAUGAAACAUACUGGGUGUGUCCAUAGUAGCUGUAUUAGUAUGUGUCAUAAAUCAUCUGCAAAGAACAAAUGUCAUUGCUCAUUUAGGAUUAAUGGAAACAACAAAACAUAAUGCAUGACUCUUAGCUCAAACUUAUGCAAAUAACGUUCAUUCUAUCUUUUGAGUGUUGCUGUGGAUCUUCUUUUAGACCGGUAGGAGAAAUGUAACUUUAAAACACAUUUCAAAAAUGUAUAUGCAUCUAGUCAUAUCAACUCUAUACUUGAAAGUGUUAUGCUGUAUUUAACAACUUGACAGUAAGUGAUACAUUUUCAUCGGGGCUUUAAAUGACAAUCUGAAAACAGUUUUCACAUUCGGUGCAAAUUAUUGUGGUAUUAAUACUUAUUUAAAUUUGUCAAUGCACAUUAAUAAUUUUACCCAAAGUCAUGAUGAUUUUGGUUUGUGUGACUACAAAACUUUUAUUCAAUGUGUUCCCUUUUAUGCAAUCCCUGUAUGUGACUUGUCUACUGUGUGGUUGAAUCAACAUGUUUCAGUGGAGAAUUCUUGAUUGAUAUCUUUCAGAAAGAUAUUCAGAUUGAGCCUUAUAGGUUUUAGAGUUACUGAUGUGAGAACUUUCAAUCAACUUGACCGUAUAUCUGUCAGUAAAUAUCAACUUUACAGUGCCAAACAUGGAGAGACUUUAUGCACCUUUAAUAAGGACUGCAUUUGUGGAGGAACCUGAAUGCUUCCUCCACAAGCAUUCCUCCACUUUAUUUUACUAUUUUAGAUGGCAUUAAAGUUAGGAGUCUGAUGCUUCAAAUGAAUUUAUAGGAGUUUUAAAAUGUUCUUUUUUACUUUUACUUUUAUUAUACUGGUGAAAUAUGUUGUUGGACUCUGCAUUUUAUCCUGGAAUUGGUGUUACUGUCCUAUUUAUUCAAGAGUGUGUAUAAUUAUAGUGUUACUAUACUAUAAUUAUAUAUAUGUUACAGUUCUUGUUAAAGAUCUGAAAGUUUAUAUCGGCAGUUUUUCUAUAGAAACAUCAGAUCAGACCAAAAUAUCUUAAAUUUAUUGUUUAGUAUCUUCACCACAUGGUAUUGGAAAUAAUUGGGAGGGAUUUAGUUGGAAAGUUGAACACAGUCGUACAAACUGGUGAAAUACAAUAAAAAUUAUAUAUAUCUCUUUUUUUUCUUCUUUUUUUCAAAUAAAAAAUUCUAUGUUCAUGUGUUAAUUAGCUUUGCUCUGAUAGCUCUAAAUAAAAUUCUAUCUUGACAGUUA